AUGGCCAGCGCGGCGAAGAACUGGUCGGGCCUGGUUACGCUGUGCCUGGGCCAGGAGCGCGAGAAGCGGCAGGUGAGCAGCCAGCGCACAUCCCUGACCAAGUCCAAUGGGGCCGGCGCCUUGGGUGUUCCAUCAAAGCCGAUUAUACAAUAUUUGCCCAGCUAUCGCAUGGAGCCCAGGAAUCCAUUGAACAAGGAACGGUUGGAGCUCACCAUGCGCACAAUCAUGAAUAGGAACUACAACGAAGAUUAUCUAUUCCAUCCCAGGCAGUCCUACCAUCUGGCAGCUCAAGUCAGCGAAGAGAUCAAGAACAGCAUCAAGCUCAUGAAUUUCGAUAGAUACCGUUACAUAGUGUUGGUUACCGUUGGAGAGCUGCUCAUGCAGGGCCUCUGCUCCAUGGUCAACUUUCUGUGGGAUGCCGAGAAGGACGGCUUUGUUACCUACUCCAUCAAGACACCCAAAUUCAUAGCCGUCUGCACCGUAUUCUAUUUGUAUUACGACUGA